AUGCCCUUUGGAUAUGAGGAAGCAGUCAGGAAUCACACCACGUAUGUGGUGACAGAUGAGAGUCCCUACACUAAGUCCGCCAGCCAGACAAAGCCGCCUGAUGGAUCAUUGGCUGUGAGGAGACAGAGCAUCCCAGAGGAAUUCAAGGGCUCCACAGUCGUUGAGCUGAUGAAGAAGGAAGGCACGACCCUCGGUCUGACCGUGUCUGGAGGCAUUGAUAAGGAUGGCAAGCCAAGGGUUUCGAAUCUGCGGCAAGGCGGCAUUGCUGCGAGAAGUGAUCAGCUGGAUGUGGGUGACUACAUCAAAGCGGUGAAUGGAAUCAACCUGGCCAAGUUCCGCCAUGACGAGAUCAUCAGCUUGCUGAAGAACGUUGGGGAGAGAGUGGUUCUUGAAGUUGAGUACGAGCUGCCUCCGGUCUCUGUGCAAGGAUCGGGUAUCGUUUUCCGGACAGUGGAGGUCACUUUACACAAAGAAGGCAACACCUUUGGGUUUGUGAUACGAGGGGGAGCGCACGAUGAUAGGAAUAAAUCUCGUCCGGUUGUGAUAACAUGUGUUCGCCCCGGAGGGCCCGCUGACAGAGAGGGCACCAUCAAACCUGGUGACCGGCUGCUCAGUGUGGAUGGCAUCCGGCUUCUUGGGACCACGCAUGCGGAAGCCAUGAGUAUUCUGAAACAGUGCGGACAAGAAGCAACGCUGCAGAUAGAAUACGACGUCUCGGUCAUGGAUUCUGUGGCGACAGCGUCCGGGCCCCUACUAGUUGAAGUUGCCAAAACUCCUGGUGCCAGCCUUGGGGUUGCCCUAAAUACCUCGAUGUGCUGUAACAAACAGGUCAUUGUCAUAGACAAGAUCAAAUCUGCAAGUAUUGCAGACAGAUGCGGGGCCCUGCACGCCGGAGACCACAUCCUGUCCAUUGACGGAACCAGCAUGGAGUACUGCACGCUCGCGGAGGCCACUCAGUUCCUGGCCAACACCAGCGACCAGGUCAAGCUAGAGAUUCUUCCCCAUCAUCAGACCCGCCUGGCCCUCAAGGGACCAGAACACGCAGCUGUGGUGUCUUCCUCCUUCUCCCCUACCUCCAUGAGUGCGUACAGCCUGAGUUCCCUGAACAUGGGCACUUUGCCUCGCAGCCUCUACUCCACCAGCCCACGCGGGACCAUGAUGAGGAGGAGGCUGAAAAAGAAAGACUUCAAGAGUUCACUGUCGUUAGCCUCUAGUACGGUUGGCUUGGCUGGGCAGGUUGUUCACACAGAAACCACGGAGGUGGUGCUGACGGCAGAUCCCGUCACAGGAUUCGGGAUACAGCUGCAGGGCAGCGUGUUUGCCACGGAGACCCUCUCCUCCCCACCCCUGAUUUCCUACAUUGAAGCUGACAGCCCAGCGGAGAGGUGCGGGGUGCUCCAGAUUGGAGACCGGGUGAUGGUCAUUAAUGGGAUUCAGACUGAAGACAGCACCUUCGAGGAAGCCAACCAGCUCCUCCGGGACUCUUCCAUCACUAACAAGGUCACGCUGGAAAUUGAAUUUGAUGUCGCAGAGUCUGUCAUCCCAAGUAGUGGAACAUUUCACGUCAAGCUACCGAAGAAGCACAAUGUGGAACUGGGAAUAACCAUAAGCUCACCAUCCAGUAGAAAACCAGGGGACCCCCUGGUCAUUUCAGAUAUCAAGAAAGGCAGCGUGGCACACAGAACUGGAACUCUGGAACUUGGGGAUAAGCUGCUUGCCAUCGACAACAUCCGGCUGGACAACUGUUCCAUGGACGACGCUGUCCAGAUCCUGCAGCAGUGCGAAGACCUGGUGAAGCUCAAGGUCCGCAAAGACGAGGACAACUCAGAUGAGCAAGAAAGUUCCGGCGCGAUUAUUUACACCGUGGAGCUUAAGCGCUAUGGGGGCCCCCUGGGCAUCACAAUUUCAGGAACUGAAGAGCCAUUUGAUCCCAUAAUCAUUUCAAGCCUCACCAAAGGGGGAUUAGCUGAAAGAACUGGCGCGAUCCACAUAGGAGACCGAAUCCUCGCCAUUAACAGCAGCAGCUUGAAAGGGAAGCCUCUGAGUGAAGCGAUCCACUUGUUACAGAUGGCGGGGGAAACCGUCACCUUGAAAAUCAAGAAACAGACAGAUCAAGCCCAGUCAGCGUCAAGCCCCAAGAAGUUCCCCAUCGCCAGCCAUCUGAGCGACCUGGGGGAUGCGGAGGACGACUCCUGCCCCGCUCAGAAACCCGGCAAACUCUGCGACACGUACUCCUCCUCCGCAGUGCCCAGUGUGGACAGUGCCGUCGACUCCUGGGACGGCUCCGGACUGGACGCCAGCUACGGGAGCCAAGGCACCAGCUUCCAGGCCUCGGGAUACAACUUCAACACAUACGACUGGAGGAGCCCGAAGCAGAGAGGCAGUUUGUCCCCGGUCACCAAGCCAAGAAGCCAGACAUUCCCAGACGUGGGGCUGAGUAAUGAAGAGUGGGACCGGCCCACCGCCUGUGGCUUUGCAGGCGCCCCUGACAGCGUGGAGGCGGAUCAAGAGGAGAACUUCUGGUCGCAGGCGCUGGAGGAUUUAGAGACCUGCGGACAGUCCGGAAUUCUGAGAGAACUUGAGGAGAAAGCUGACAGGCGUCUGUCUUUGAGAAACAUGACUCUCUUGGCAACAAUCAUGUCGGGGAGCACGAUGAGCUUGAAUCACGAGGCCCCCACACCUCGCAGCCAGCUGGGGCGGCAGGCCAGCUUCCAGGAACGGAGUGCCUCUCGGCCGCACUACAGCCAGGCGGCCCGCAGCAACACGCUGCCCUCCGACGCGGGCAGGAAGUCUGUCACCCUGAGAAAAACGAAGCAGGACAGAAAAGACGUCAUGUCUCCAACUCCGGUGGAGCUGCACAAGGUGACCUUGUACAAGGACUCUGACAUGGAGGACUUUGGGUUCAGCGUGGCGGAUGGCUUGCUGGAGAAAGGUGUGUAUGUCAAAAAUAUUCGCCUCGCCGGACCAGGAGAUCUUGGUGGCUUAAAGCCCUAUGACAGGCUCUUACAGGUUAACCAUGUCCGCACCAGAGACUUUGACUGCUGCCUCGUGGUGCCCCUGAUAGCGGAAUCCGGCAAUAAGCUCGACCUGGUCAUCAGCAGAAACCCACUGGCUCCCCAGAAGUCGAUGGAGCCCGGGGCAGAAUGGAGCGAGCCGCACAGGGCGUACUUCCAGCAGUCCCCCCACAGCGGUCCUUUGGAGACGCGGGAACCCACUAACACAUUAUAGCAACGCCUUCGUCAAACCGGACGAAAGACGGUACACACAUGGUGCUAAAACUCCCUUCAAGAUGUCUGUGACCGGCAAGCACAGAUCAUCACGUGGCAUUAACUGCAAGCACAGGGGUCUUUUAAAUCUCUCUCACGACUCACGCCCACCUCCCGAUCCCGGUGGAAGAGAUUCCUUGUUUUCUUUUUCUUUUCUUUCCUUUCGGUGAACCUUCAUGGUGUAUGGUAGCGAAGAGGAAAAAUAAGUAGGCUGCCCCUCCCCACCAAAGAACAUCCGAGGACAUUUGGUACAAGUUCAUCUGCCUGUCACUUUUUUAAAAGAUUAAUGCCCACUUGAAAAGUCUUCUCUGCAGUAAUUUCCUUUAAUUCACUUUGCAAUCAGUUUCUUACUCUGAAGUCUUUAACAUAAGAACUUGACCAACAAGGCUUUUCCUAACAAAGUUGGCUCACCUAGGGGACUAGUAAUGUUUUGUAAGCUGCGGGGACUGCUGCCGAUGGGAGGGGACCGGGAUACAAUUCAGUUCGCUUCAAAUGUUUCAGCCACGAUGCACGCAAGAGACCAUUCUAGGUGGUGGGGAAAUGUUUUGCCCAAGUAUAGGAAUGAUUUUAACUAAGAUGUAUGCUAUUCCCUAUGCAACAAGGUAUCAAACAGGAUAUGUCUUGUGACCUGUUUUAUUUUUGUUUUUGUUUCUCCUUUUUUUUUUUAAGGACAUAUUUUUAAUAGCGGGGGAGGGGGAAAAUCGCUGGUAAUGAAUAGUAUGUUUAGUAGCACUGAAAAUUAGUGAUCUUAAUUUUUAAAAUUCCACACUAAGGACUUAAGAGUGAAUGAAGAGUCUAUUAAAAUAAGGUUCAUCUUAAUGAUAGGUUAAUCAAACUGCUCGACAUGUUUUGAAAACUGGUAACAUUGAGGGGCUGUACAGCACAUGUACUUUAAAAAAUGACACUGGACUAGCUUUUGUCUGAGCCAUGUCACUUAAUGAAAUUGUAAAUACAUUCUUCACAAAAUGCAUUGCCAAUUAUUACCAUCCUUCAAAGCAAUAAAGUGUGACAGUUGCUUUCUAUGUUUGUCAGCAACUGUUUUCCUCUGUCCAGAUAUUUUGAAGAGUUAUACUGAUAACUGUUAUUUGGUGAAUAUUAAAAAAAAUAGAUCUGUAUAUUGACUGUAGGAACUCCAGUUUCCAAACAUCUUCAUGUGGGGCCAAUAAUUCCAACUACCACUUCGGUGAAAACAUCCAAACAUCGUGUCCUCUGUUUAAGGGAAAUGUCACCUUUCUGUUUGUGCAGAGAAAGAUAUUAUUUUCAUCACAUUUCAAAACUGCCAGGGCAAGAAAGUAUACAGCUGAUCACGUUAUGUUUAAAAAAAAAAAAAGAUCAUGAGUCACUUAAAUAUGUAUUUUUAUUUGUAACAAACAAGUAUUAAACUGUAAAGUAUUUUUGUACAAAUUUAAUACUUUAAUAGCAUGAUAUUUAUCGUCUAUGUAUGUUUUGGGGAAUUCAAAAUUGUUGCAGAUAUUUGUAUGGAAAAAUAAAACCAGAACAACCCUCUACCAAAUGGAAUAAACAGUGAUUUU